AUGUCGCCACGCGAGACUACCUCCACGAGGCGCCGCCCCUCCCUGUCCCUUCGCCCACGAGCCCGGACCGCGGUGCAGAUCCCCUUUCCCAAAGACUACACCUUCGAGUGGCAAGAAAAAUCUCUGGGUCAGGAUCAUAAUGCUUCCGUCGAGGAGGUGGAGCCCUUUCCGCACGUGCCCCGGCGUCGUGCGGCCAAGAGCUUCUCGAGCCUGCGCCAUCCAAUGGAUGGUCUAGUUGCACUGGGACGCCGUCUUUCAGUCACUAUUCGCAACAAGUCAUCGAAGCAUAACCUGCGUCUCCAAGGAGAAGAGGAAGAUAGCGAGUUCCGCAACUACCAAAUCGCAGGACAUUCCCACAAGCGCAAUGCUGCGUCUGGCAGUUGGGAGGUGCGGCCUGAGCCGUGGACCAAUGGCUACAGCGUCAACCGACGUCCCUCUUUGAAUAGCGUCUCCGCGCUACACGGUUUCUAUGUGCCCACCGCAGCGGUUCCGGGCCCUAUCCCAGGCCGUGGAUUGGAGCCGCCCAUCCUUCCGAAUGACAUGUUCUCGGGCGCGGCGGCCCGUGCUGCUGCAGCUGCACAAAAUGAACAGAUGGAGAUGGCGAGGCUCGAGAUGGCCCGAGCGGAGCGAGGCAAGACCCUCGAUACUAUAGUGACGCAGGAUUCAGAGAGUGGGAUCGAAAUUGAUCUACGGGACUACACUGACUCGGACACCGAGACGGAUUUUAAGCGAAUUGAUCCGGCUUCAUACUUGCCUGCCGAGAUCAUGACUCACGUUCUUUCUCAUUUGGACCCUGCCUCUUUGUUGAACUCUGAGCUGGUAUCACAUCUUUGGAAUCAGCAAGCAUCGUCUCCUUUUGUUUGGAAGCCCGUGUUUCGCGGUGCCUAUCCUCGCCGUCCUGCUAGUUCCACCGCAACCAAGAAAAAGCAGUCUUUGGGGUUGGGGAAGAAGGAUCAUCACCAAGACUGGAAGAGAAUGUUUCUUGUCCGUCGAGCUCUUGAUCAACGCUGGAAGGAGGGCAAAGCAGCCGCAAUCUACUUGCACGGACAUCAAGACAGCGUGUACUGCGCGCAGUUCGAUGAGGACAAAAUUAUUACUGGGUCGCGGGACCGCACAAUUCGUGUGUGGGAUGCCCACUAUCCUUGGCCUUGCCUCAAAGUCAUUGGUCCCCCUCCCGGCGAGGUGCCUGGAAUUGGCCAGGUGAACAACCCUGCCCAACAAGCGACCGGAAAGUCUCCCUUUCUGACCAUCUGCCCACCGUCCACUCCCCUGGAUACCAUCAUCUCACCGAUGGAACAGCCGCUAGACUACCACAGUGCCUCGAUUCUCUGUCUGCGUUUUGACGAGGAGAUCAUGGUCACUGGGUCGUCGGACUACACCUGCAUUGUGUGGGAUAUUAAAAAUGAUUACAAGCCGAUCCGUCGUCUUGCCGGUCACCAUGCUGGUGUGUUGGAUGUCUGUUUUGAUGAUCGUUACAUUGUUUCAUGCUCCAAGGAUAGCACCAUCUGCGUCUGGAGCCGCGAGACCGGCGAACUCCUGAAGAACCUUGUGGGUCACCGCGGGCCGGUCAAUGCUGUGCAACUGCGGGGUGAUCUUGUGGUAUCAGCUAGCGGUGAUGGCGUGGCGAAGCUGUGGAACGUCAUAUCUGGCCACUGCGUCAAGGAGUUCGCCAGCAAGGACCGUGGUCUAGCCUGUGUUGAAUUCAGCGAUGACGGUCGUACCAUCUUGACGGGUGGUAAUGACAAGACCAUCUAUCAAUUCGAUGCCAACACGGGUGAGAUGGUCAGUGAACUGCACGGGCACACUGGAUUAAUUCGCUCGCUGCACCUAGACAGCAUGAAUAAGCGUCUCGUGAGCGGUAGCUAUGACAUGAGUGUCAAAGUUUUUGAUGCCGACUCUGGCGAGCUAUCUAUUGAUUUGCCUGGGUGGACUACCAGCUGGAUGCUGAAUGUGCAAUCUGACUACCGGCGCAUUGUAGCCACCAGUCAGGAUUCGCGGGCUGUGAUCAUGGAUUUCGGCUACGGUCUUGAUGGGAUUGAUCUUUUAGAAGAGUGA